AUGGAGCAGUUUGUGCGAAACUCACAAGCAUUGAAGCUGCUAGUUGUUCAUCGCCAGGAAGAGAACAGUGAAGAGAAGGAGUCUCGCGCUGCUGUGAAGUUUAUUGUCGAGAUGAUAGGGCGAGUUCUGGACCAGCAGCAUGUUCGGGCUACGCUAGAGCGUGUGCGCUGUAAUGCGCAUCCACUUUACUUGGACGGCGUCACGUGUGUUGGCACUGGCGUGUUCCCCGAAGCAGCUAUGGCGUUGAAUCACUCGUGCUUACCUAACGUGUUACCCAGUUUUGAUCCACGCACCCGAACGCUCGCUUUCCAUGCUAUCACAGAGAUACCAAAAGGGAGUACAGUGGAGUAUUCCUACAUUGACUUGUUGCAGACGAGAAGGAGACGACAGUCGCUACUGUUAAAGGGAUUCGACUUCGACUGCAUUUGCGAUCGCUGCACAACUGAAGCUAAAGAACAAGAUCAUGCAGAGGAGGAACAGGAAGAGGCUCGAGUUAUGGAGCAAUUGAUGCAGAUCGUGAACUCAAACCAAAGCGACGUGAAAAAGCGAAUUGCUCACUUGAAGAAAGAGCACGAAAAUGUAUUCAAACGCAGCAGUGAAGCGCAAUUUGCACUCUACACUGCGGAAAUGCAGAUGGCUCGAGUUCAAUGCGACUGGACGAACGUCAUCAAAGCUGCGGACAUGUUACUGGAGAUCUGGACGAGAUGUGGUCUACCCGAUCACUACCACACCACCGAAACACUACAUCUACAGAUAUGCCUAGCUGCAAAGCAAGCUGGGAUGAUUGACAAGGCUAAAGCGUCAGCUCAAAAAGUGUCAACCAUUCGACGAAUCUGUGGAUAUUCACAUCCAGACACCCCUAUCGGUUAG